AUGCUCCUACAGCCGUCCAAUCAGGAGUCUGUGGAGAGGGGGCGGGACCGAAGCGGCACGACUCCGGCCUCAGCCAAUGAGGGACUGUUGUGGUGUUAUUGCAACCAUCACUGUCCUGACGACGCAGUCAACAACACCUGCUGGACGGAUGGAUACUGCUUCAGCAUGGUGGAGGAGGAGGGGGGGGUCCCGGUGCUCACCUCUGGAUGUUUGGGAAAACUGGGCUCUGAGUUCCAGUGUCGGGACAUGAAAAACUCCUUAAAUCAUCUUAAAUCUGUGGGCUGUUGUUCAAAUGAGGAUUUCUGCAACAGAUACUUGUACCCCACUCUGGCCCCGCCCGACCCACCGCUGUAUGACGACAACAUCCACUACUGGGCUUUACUGGUGUCCGUCUGCUUCGUCAUUGUGGUCGCCGUUAUCAUCUGCUGCUUUAUCAGAUACAAGCGUCAGCAGUGGCGGCCGCGCUACAGCAUGGGUCUGGAGCAGGACGAGGCCUUCAUUCCUCCUGGAGAGUCUCUGAGCAAGCUGAUAGAGCAGUCCCAAAGCUCAGGCUCAGGCUCUGGGCUCCCCCUGCUGGUGCAGAGGACCAUAGCCAAGCAGAUCCACAUGGUGAAGCAGAUUGGCAAAGGGCGUUAUGGCGAGGUGUGGAUGGGCCAAUGGAGGGGGGAGAAAGUGGCCGUCAAAGUCUUCUUCACCACAGAGGAGGCCAGCUGGUUCAGGGAGACCGAGAUCUACCAGACUGUGCUCAUGAGGCAUCAGAACAUCCUGGGCUACAUCGCUGCUGACAUCAAAGGGACGGGCUCGUGGACUCAGCUCUACCUGAUCACAGAUUACCACGAGAACGGUUCUCUGUACGACUACCUGAAGUCCACCACUCUGGACAGCGGGAGCAUGCUGCGACUGGCCUACUCCUCCAUCUCCGGACUGUGUCACCUUCACACAGAGAUCUUCGGCAUGCAGGGCAAACCGGCCAUCGCCCACCGAGACCUCAAGAGCAAGAACAUCCUGGUCAAGAGGAACGGCACCUGCUGCAUCGCUGACCUGGGGCUGGCCGUCAAGUUCAUCAGUGACACAAAUAAAGUGGACAUCCCGGCAAACACACGAGUGGGCACAAAACGCUACAUGCCCCCAGAGGUCCUGGAGGAAUCACUCAACCGCAACCACUUCCAGUCCUUCAUCAUGACCGACAUGUACAGCUAUGGACUCAUACUGUGGGAGAUCGCACGCAGAUGUGUGUCAGGAGGUAUUGUGGAGGAGUACCAGCUGCCAUAUUACGACCUGGUGCCCACAGACCCGUCCUAUGAAGACAUGAGAGAAGUGGUCUGCAUCAAGAGAUUACGACCGUCUUUCCCCAACCGCUGGACCAGUGACGAGUGUCUGAGGCAGAUCAGUAAACUGAUGAGUGAAUGUUGGGCCCAUAACCCCGCCUCCAGACUCACCGCUCUGAGGGUCAAAAAGACUUUGGCCAAAAUGUCAGAAUCUCAGGAUAUCAAGUAUGAGACGUUCACGGACCUCAUCCACGUGUGA